AUGACAGUGUCACAUUACAAAAAAAUGUCACGUCAACCUUAUGCAUUCCCUUCUUCUUUUUGUGACAGGUUUUUGAAUCCGCUGUUUAUUGGAGAAGGAGGUUACGGAGUUGUAUAUCGAUGCUUUGAUCGUUGUUCAAACCAUGAAAUUGCAUUGAAAAUUAUUAAUUUAUUAGAAGAAGAGGAAAGAGAAUUCAUUAUUGAAAAGGAAUUGAAGAUAUUUAAUUUGAGAAAGAGUAUUGUAUGUGAAUAUUUGGUAGAGAGUUUGGAAUACAUUAAUCAUCAUUCCAAUAUUGGGAUUGUAAUGCCAUUUUACAAGUAUGGAGAUUUGGAAACAUUUAUUGAAAGAUAUUUCACAUCAAGAGGAAAGAGAUUGACUGAUUUUCUAAUUGGUCAAAUCAUGACACAAUUAUGUAUUGCUGUCAAUAUUUCACACAAACAUAAUCUUGUUCAUUGUGAUAUCAAACUUUCAAACAUUCUUGUCAAAUCAUUUGAUGAAGAAAAUGAAACAUUUAUUGAGAUUGCAUUGGCUGAUUUUGGAGAAACCUUACAAACUGAAAACACCAAGAAAACACAUAGGGGAACAUUUGAAUAUUUACCACCUGAAUCAAUUAAACAUAGACUCUAUGAUUACAAAGUCGAUUGCUGGAGUAUGGGUGUUGUACUUUUCAAAAUACUCUUCCCCGAGUCAACAAUUAGUUUUAAGGAUAUUGUAGAUGAAUGUGAUUUUCGAUUUCUAAAUUUAAAACUCGAAAAUACACAAGCAACCAUUGAGAAUACAUGGAGUGAAGUGUUUCAAGCAAAAUUCAUCAAUGAAAUCUCUACGAGGGAGGUUGACCAAUUCUUUGAGCUACUAUUAUUAUCCUUUCUAACAUAUGAUAAGAAGGAGAGAUUAUCAUCGUUGAAUGCAAUGGAAAUAUUAACCAUUAAUAAUCUUAGAUUAAUCAUAUGCAACAAUCUCCAAAUAAUAGGUGAUAGAGAAUUUACAGGAGUUUUAGAAAUGAAUAGAAUACUUUCUCAUUUGAAUGCCAAUAGUAUUGAAGAUUCAAUAGAAAUACUUGACAAAUAUUAUAUGAAAUUAUCUAUUGAUGAUGCUGUUGAAAUUAGAAUCAAAUACUGUGUUGGCUUGCUUUUGGCCAUGUUUUUAUCAAGAGAUGAUAUACAUGUUUGGGAGAGAGUUUAUGGAGGAAAGUUACCAAACAUCUCCAAGGCAUUAACACUGCUUGAGUCUUUGGAAUUUCUCUCAAGAAAAUUCAAUACACACCAAGAUCCGAACAGUGGUCAUGUGUUGGAGCAAUUGAAGGGAUUCUUACAUCUCUACAAGGGUAACACUAAGCAAGCUCUACAAUGUUUGGAUAAUUCCUUGAAAUCACAUUUCUCCAUUCCUGUCAUUAAUGCCAAAUUGGGUAUUUUGGAGCAAAUGGGCUCAACAUUCAUCCUUAUUGCUGAAUACACUAAAAUAUUGGAAAAAUAUGGGAACAGUUUAGAUGAUUUAGCUCAUUAUUACUUGAAAAGAGGAAUAAUUAUUUAUCAAGUUGGUAAAACAAAAGAAGAAAAGCUUAAAGCAUUCCCAGAUUUUCUAAAAGCAAGAGAAUUGGAACCCAAUUGCUUGGUAAUCUAUGUUUAUUUAGUUCAGUACUAUGCUGAAAUUGGAGAGAUUGAAAAAGCCAAGAAAAUUUUCAAGCAAAUGCUGGACCAUUUUGAGGAAUCAGAUGUUUUGAGUAUGAUUGCCUCUCAAUUAUCAGUUAUUUUCAAUGAAUAUGAGAAUGGUCUUUCGUAUGCUGAGCAAUUAUUGAAAAACUAUUCCAAUAAUUCUACAAUUUUAAUAUUCAUAGCUUCCAUUCAUGCAAAGUUGAAACACACUGAAAAGGUACUUGGUUACAUUGAUAGAGUAUUGCAAAGUGAACCAAAUUUUGAACCUGCGCACGAACUGCGAAUUUCUUACUUUCUAAAAUGUAAUCAGAACAAAUAUGCAAGUGAAGCCAAUGAAGAAUAUUUCAGAAUUAGACAAGUUUUUAAUAACCAAAUGAAAACUCCUGAAUUUCCUAUUGAGUUAAGACCUCUCUAUCCUGACAACUUUUCUCCUCUAGAGAUGACUUUGAUAUAUUAUAACGAUUCACCACCUAUGCAGCAUCAAACACCAGUCAAGGUUUCCACAGAGAAAAUUCAAAUUCAUACAAUCAAAAUCAAAUUGGAAGGUUCUCGUGUUUCUGUUUUAAUUGACAUAUCACAGAAUGACACUGUCGAGCAAGUUAUUGAACGUUUGAAUUUAUUUCUUCUCACUCGAGUCUCAAUAAUUGCUCCACGAGUAUCACUAAGGACGAAAGAAAAUUUUCUAAUUAGUGAUGUUUCACAAAUAUUGAAAGAAGAUUUCAUUCGUGCCCUCCACUCUGAACAAGAGAAGGAUUUACAAUAA